AGCAAAAAGUGCAGUUGCAGUUGCAUUCCCGAAAAGACAUCACCAUGAAGUUUCUCAUUCUGCUGCUGAGCCUGGCGCUCGUUUGUGCCGCCGACCACCAUGAGCAUCAUCACCACCACGCCGAUGGAGCCUCCGCCUAUGUUGUGAAGAGCCACGACGAUUUGGUCUCCUAUCGUAACGCCUGCGUGGAGAAGGUAAAUGCUCCCGCCGAGCUCGUGGCCAAAUACAAGAAGUGGCAGUUCCCCGACGAUGCGGUGACACACUGCUAUAUGGCCUGCAUCUUCGAGAAGUUCGGAUUUUACGACGCGGAGCACGGCUUCGAUGUGCACAAAGUGCACGUUCAGCUCUCGGGCCCCAAUGCCCAGGUGGAUCAUUCCGAUGAGACGCACCAGAAGAUUGAGCAGUGCGCCGAGACCAAUGCGAAGGAGCACGAUUCGUGCGCCAAGGCCUACCACUCGGGCAUGUGCUUCAUGAAUGCCAAUCUGCAUUUGGUGCAACACAGCGUCCAGGUCUAGGACCGACAUUUGGAACAUCCUCGGACCAGAACAUUCCUGAUCGUUUGUCAAAAGUUCAAUAAAAUCACACAUUGCCAUCCCUUA